AUGACUCUGGCCUCGUUCAAAGACGAAGUCGUGCCUGGAUCAGAGCGACAAGACGCAGCAGGGUCAACGCAUAAUAUACUGGACGGUGAAGGAGGCGGGAUGAGCUUUCCUCCUCAGGAUUCUCGGGGUUCGGCGUUCUGUUCUGUUCCAGCACCAGCUAAUUUUGAACCGCAGAUGUUACUGCAGAUGAGGGACCUAAAGUUCGCGAUAGAAACGUCGACGUCAAGGAGGUGUAUCCAGGACUUAGUUCAAAUUUUGCGACUUGGGAAAGCGAUUACUUCAUCAAGUGUGAAUUGGUGA